CCCGGCCUCCUGCCUGGGGCGGGCUUGGUAGGCCAGGUCUCUUCCUCCUCCUCGCUGGGCUCCUGCUCCUCUGCCGACUCCCCCUUUGCCUCCACUGGUCUGGGCUGAACUUCGGGGUCAGGGGAGAAGCUGAAGCGGUGCUGGCGGCGGGCAUCGCUUGAAGAGAAACUAGUCGCGGGAAGGGGGGACGGCUGCAGCGGCGGAGGCUGGGCAAGAUUAUAUGUUCAAAAAAUUGAUAAGCAUAUGAAAAGAUGGUUAGAUCAAGAUCAAGAUCACCGCGAUGGAAACGAAGGUCUCUAUCACCUGCCUUCAGGAAUCAGGAAUACAGCAGACAAAGGCACAAUCACUUUAGUUAUGACUGUGAAUACAAGGGUUACCGGAAAGAUCCAAAGAAGCCUAUGCCAUGGAGAAUGGAAGAUGGGAAACAUGGACAGGUUAAUUCUAGAUACAUGCCACAUGAAACCAACCACCAUCGAGUUUAUGAAUGUCAGUCACUUUCACCAACUCUGAAAAGAAUUCCUUCAGAAGAUGCACAUAGUCAUAAACCUUGUAGAACACAUUCAUCAGAACGGAAUGAAAAUAUCAGAAGAUGCCAGUUUCCUUCCAGAUAUUCAGAAAUGUCUCGCAAAGAGCAUAAUCAAUCCUUUUAUCCUACCAAAGUACGAGAGAGAGAAAUGCAUGAAGAUACUCGAGCUGCUGGAAGUACAAAAGGAAUGGCAGCUUUUCAUAAACCAUUAGGGACUCCUUGUAAGUUUGAAAGGAAAUGGAAUGAAAAUGACUUAAGGCACCAGCAGUUACAAGAAGAAAAGUAUACUCAAUCACCUCGAAGAUUUUCUGGUGAAUAUAUGCCAAGGAGUUCUUUGCAGAAGAGGUUUCCUGAAGAUCGUGAUUACAGGGAAUAUGGGCACACAUCUAAAAAGGCUAAAGAAAUGGAGAGAUAUGAUGACAGAGAAAUAACAAGCAAUUUGAAAAGGAAGCAAGAUCAUUCUUCUUCACCAAACCAUGAGAAGGGAGGACAACGAAAACUCGGUCCAUCUCAUCGAUCUGUUGAAAAGGUGUACCAAGACAAGUGUAAAAUGAAGCUGACUUACGAUUAUACCAACAAACAUCAUAGACACCCAGAGGGAGGAAAAUAUGUUUCUGAUGACAAAGAAGAAAAAUAUGUCAAAUUGGAAGACACUAAAUAUAACUAUCCUAAAGCAGCAUGGAAUAGCAAAAAUUCAGAGUACUAUAACAAUGAAAGAGUGAGCCAUACAGAACAAUCUCAUACUGAAGCCUCUGUUAAAUAUUUUUCAGAGAAGGGGUACCAUUCCUCUGCUAAAUCUUACAAAAAUGAUACUGGUCUGAUACCCUUUGAUCAAAAAGCAAAGGUUAGAAUAAAGAAGGAAGGGGAUCUUAAGGGACAGAGAGAUAUUACCAGUGGUCAGCAUGACAACCAUCAUAAAGUUUCAGAUGUGAAGGUUUCAGAUGCCCACAAUAGGAAGGAAAGGCUUACAGUCAAAGUGGAUAUGAAGAAAAUAAAUAAAUACAGGGCUGCUUCUGACCACACCUUGGAAAGGCAGAUGUCGUGUGAUUUAGUGGCUGUGGGUAGAAAAACUGAAAAUUUCCAUCCAGUAUUUGAACAUAUAAAAUCUGUGACACAGAAGGUAGAACAUAAUCCUUCAAACGAAUUUACUCAGGAAAUCAUCACAAUUAUCCAUCAAGUUAAAGCAAACUAUUUUAAGUCUUCUGACUUGACUUUACAUGACCGUUUCUCAAAAAUACAAGAUAAGCCAAUUACCAAAGAAAUUAAAAUACAUUCAGAUCCAGAGAUCCACAGGAGAAUUGAUAUUUCUUUGGCAGAGCUUCAGAAUAAACGAGCUGUUCCAGGUGAAUCAGGGCAGAGUGUUGUGCGAGUUCUAGAAGAUCCAAAUGAUCUAAGACAUGACAUAGAGAGAAGAAGGAAAGAGAGACUGCAGAGUGAAGAUGAAAACACAUUUUAUGUUGAUGGGAUAUCACAAAGGGAUGAACAGAGUUGUAGUUUUCCAAAACCACGAAACUUUUACUCCUAUGGAUUCCAGAAAUCUGCACGAUUCCUAAGGCCACCUUGGAGGAAGUUUAUUGGGAAAAAUCACAUGAAUUAUUAUACAUCAAGAACACAUAAUUCUUCCCAUGACCAGUUUGAAUGUGAUAUUGAACAUUCUGAAGCACCUAGAAGACCCCUUAAGUUCAAUUUUACAGAUCAUCGAUCCUACUUCAAAUCAAAUUUGGUACAAAAGGGUUUAUAUAUACAGGCUAAAUAUCAGCGGCUACGUUAUACUGGAACAAGAGGAUUUACCACCAACAAAUUUAGAGGAAUGUAUUACAGAAAACAAAAGGACAUGGAAAUCUGAACUGUUACCUGUGGCAGUUAUGAUAAUCGCUGCAUAUGUUUGUAUGACAGCUCUGUCAUGAAUUAAAAUGGAAAAAGCAAAACUAAUACUUUUAUUGAUAAAGAUUUUAUUUUUCAGUAGUAGAAUGCUGCAGAACUUUUCUACCAUUUUAAUAAUGGCUUUUCAAAUACAGUAUUCAAUUGAACAUUGUAGGAUUGUACCAUUUAGUUCUUCUUCCAGGCCGGUCUGAAGAAAAAAACUGAAUGGACUCUUUAUUUAUUGAAUACCUUUUUUCCUGUAAGCAUGGUUUUACUACUAGGACUUGAGUUGUUAUACACAGAAGUUUAUAUGUUGAAAAUUUAUUGCUUCUAUAAUAAAAAACCAACGAAAAAGUGCCUA